AUGUCUUCUUGCAAUUUCAACUGCUCAGCUCCCACCCCUGCCUUAUCUCCAAACAGCGAUAUUACCGGGAUUGGGAUCAUUACCAACAAUAUCGUGACUGCUGGCCUUGCGAUAGUGAUCAUUUCACUCCACUACGUCACCGUCUACGAUGAAACCCGCGACCCGUUUCAAAAGGCUGGUCAAUCGUUUCGACCCAACCCGAUAGAUGAAUCUUCUUUGAAAUUGCCCAAAUUAAUCAUACGUCCUUUAUUUGAAAAUGGCAAGAAGGGAAAAUUUUCGAACUUUCUAAUCAAGUGCACCCGAGCAAUGAGCGAUAUACAAAUUCUGACAGGCUGCUCUAUUCUGAUCAGCGGGUUUUCCCAGCUCAAAUGUGGCCUGGCAACCUAUUAUUGGCUAGUUAUCAUCCACCUGGCCUGGAUUUCCUGCCUGACUCAAUUAUCCUGCUUAACAGUCCUACGUAACUAUCUCUAUGACCACUCUAUCGAGCGGGCAUUAAGAUUACUAGUAGUGGGUAUAUUGGUGAUACUGUUGAUUGUGGGCCUUAGUUUCACCGGAAACUAUCAAUGGGCCUUUGACGCAGAUAAUGGCGACCACCCGACUUUAAGUGAUCCUGCAGUCUGUUAUAUGCGCUCUCGUCUAGAGAUGAGUUCGGCGUUUUUGUCGAUGCCUCUCUCAAUGAUCUUGAUAAUCUUUGGAUUUGGUUCGAGGGUGAUUGGCCUCUACGAUACACUUUUAUCUGGUGUUGUUAGAGUUAGAACCCUCCUUGCAGCACCUAUACGAAGGUUGUUACGCAUUGUGUAUAACUGGAGCCACGCGUCCGGCUCGCCACAGAGUCUGAAAUUGACACUUUGCUACCUUCCACUCUUGUCUAUCUACCUCACGUGGUUAGUGCUCGUGGAUGUGUGGGAUUCUGUCAUUAUAGAGGUCGCCUGGUUAAUUACCGCCUUUGCAUUUGGUAUUUCGCGACUGAUAGGAACAAUAUAUCGACCGGAAAGCAUGGGCCUCGAGGCUUCGUUGACUGGUUUCAAUGACUGGUCGUUUGGUCAAGUUACUGCUAUGGUGUUACUGGUCGCACCGCUUAUCACAAUCCUCGAGUAUUUCCAGGAUGAAUCAACUAAGAGGUCUAAUACUCGCGCACAAGAUAAGCAAGACGAGCCUCGCAUACAAGAUGAAUCUCGCGCCGAAGAUGAGGAACAACCUCUCUCCGAUGACCAACCCAUACCCCCGCCAGAACUCCCUGCUAUAUCAAGCCUAGCUGCCAUGGAUUCCAAUGACCCCGACAAUGAUUGGAUCUUCCACCCCAAUAUCUCCGAUCUGAUCAUGACACAUUUAAGCACAUUGAUUUCAGGUGUUAUCAUCUGGACCGCACACCGUGAUCCUUUGGGCAAGAUGAACGAGACUUUACUUGACGGCUAUCUCAUGUUUGCGGGUAUUGGGAUGGUCGUACUCAUUCUUUGUUCUCUGAUGGUGGAAACUAUCUUUACGGAAAGUGGCCCCUCUUUACAGCUCGCGGUAAGGCUAUACAGUAUAGCGUUUCUGGCUUGCCCUGUCCCCAUUUAUGCGAAGAUCACUUAUUGUCUUCUCGCGCUCCUUGUUAUUGUUGCUUUAGCGCAUCGAUUUUGGGUUUGA